AUGAAUACUGGAAAUAUCGCGGGUUCAGUACACUGUCUCCAGGUUAAAAGAUCAUUACCCACAGAAACUCAACGGGUUUUGUCUGAUUCGCAUAUGCAUUUACGAAACACUCGAAUUUUAAAUCUUUGGUGGUAUUUAUCGACCUCUGACCAUCAUGUCAAUAUAGGCGCCCAGUCGACUACGGCAAGGUGUAAAACUAACACACAAAUUUACUAUUCACGUGUGGUCACUUCAACUCUUCAAACAUCUUCGAUGAAAUAUUUGGCGUGA